CAUAUCGGCGCAGUUUCAAAGUAACUCAUUGACGCUUCCGGUUUAGACAUCCAGGGGACAAGACUGUAAAGACAAUAACGUGACAGUCCGUUUGCGGUUGUUUUCAAGCGCUUUAAUUAAUGUAAAUAUGGUGAAUAUGAUGUGAAUAUAGUGUUUAGUGUUUGUGUUUUUAUUCAUAACGUUCAGUUACGUUUGAUCCACGCGCUCAUUUGGCGGUUAGCAGAGCUGCACGCUCACGUUAACCUUGGCGUGCGUGACUAGUGUUAAUAAAUUAACAGUAAUUACCGAAAAAUAAAAGAUGUCCGGUGUGUGUCGCGGUUUGAGCUCUUCAUCAGUCAAGAUCCUGACAGAAGCUACACCUUUGUCGGGUUUCCCCUGGUUUGUGUCCGCACGCAACAUGUUUCACAAAGCAAGAAUCCCAAAUGCGAUUUUUGAAGAGAGAUCAAAAGAACAUGAGAAAUAUGGAGGAGAUCCAGAACAACCUCAUAAACUGCACAUAGUGACACGAGUUAAAAGUGCGAUGCGUAGACCGUACUGGGAGAAGGAGAUGGUGAAACACCUCGGGCUUGAUAAGUUACAUUCACCUGUAAUUCACAAAAACACACCUGCAGUCAAUAGUCAACUGAAAUUCAUCAAGCACCUUGUAAGGAUCCAGCCGCUGAGGACGCCCUAUGGAAUCCCUGCUGAACAUGACAUUGGAAACACCUUCAUCAACAGCAAAGGAGAGCUGAUCGUCCGUCGCCUCCUCCAACCUGUGGACCCCAAGGCUCUCGAAUCUUAGCCCCGCUUUCAAAUCAUAGCAAUAAAUAGUUAAAUUGUUCAUAAACUGUCAUGUCAAUGAGUCAUGUCCACGACACCGAGAACAGUGUUUGGUUUGAAUGGGUUCUGGAUUUACUCAAUAAAUUACCAUUUAAAUACCAGGAAUUAACAGAUGGUUCAAAUUCUUUAUUAAAUACAUACAUUAAACACCUUUUGAAAUUAAA